AUGACUGGAGGCGGCAAGUCCGGCGGCAAGGCCAGCGGCUCCAAGAGCGCGCAAUCUCGUUCCUCCAAGGCUGGUCUGGCGUUCCCCGUCGGCCGUGUCCACCGUCUUCUCCGCAAGGGCAACUACGCCCAGCGUGUCGGUGCCGGUGCCCCCGUCUACCUGGCCGCCGUCCUCGAGUACCUCGCUGCUGAGAUUCUCGAGCUGGCUGGCAACGCCGCCCGUGACAACAAGAAGACACGUAUCAUCCCCCGCCACCUGCAACUCGCCAUCCGGAACGAUGAGGAGCUGAACAAGCUCCUGGGUCACGUCACCAUCGCCCAGGGUGGUGUCCUGCCCAACAUUCACCAAAACCUCCUGCCCAAGAAGACCGGCAAGACGGGCAAGAACGCGAGCCAAGAGCUGUAG